AUGCAUUUCGAUUUGUUCACGCUGUUCAUUCUCGCCUCACUCCUCAACAUUGCAUCGUUUAGGAAAGCGAUUUAUCGACGGAACUCGAGGCAUCUCAAGAGACUCAGCCGGAACUACGACUGGGAAUUGGACGAGCGGGGAGGACUCCGACCAAUCACUGACCCGACAAAGGUGAUUCGAUCGACGAGACAGUGUGCCAAUGAUAGCUACAUUUUGAAGAAGCUUCUCGCGGAGAAUGUCUACAAUCAGCACAAAAUUCCCGGUGGAAAGGUGUUUGUGACUGUUGAAGUAUGGGUGCAAGAGGUGACAACUAUUUCGGACAUCACAUCCGAUUUUCAGUUGGACAUCUAUAUCUCGGAAAUGUGGACAGAUCCGGCUCUCUACUUUGAGGAUAUGAACCCGUGCAAGCAGAAUAUUUCACUGAACAGCGAGGUUUUGGACAAAUUAUGGACUCCCAACUCGUGCUUUAUCAACUCGAAAACGGCGGACAUUCACAAAUCGCCUUUCUCGAACAUUUUCCUUCUCAUCUAUUCGAAUGGAUCUGUGUGGACAAAUUAUCGACUAAAGCUGCAGGGACCAUGUCUGAUGGAUUUGACCCGUUUCCCCUUUGACAACGUCACUUGCAGUCUCACUUUCGAGAGCUUCAAUUACAACACAGAUGAGGUAGAGAUGCAAUGGAGUCCAUUGGGAGUGAUGCGAAUGAGGGAGAAAAUCGAACUUGCUGACUACGCGCUCACAAAUAUCAGCUAUAUUCGCAAAGUUGAGACCUAUCCAGCCGGCUUCUGGCACGAGUUGACAAUGUAUUUCGAGUUCAAGCGUCGUGCUGGAUGGUACAUUCUGCAAGCCUAUCUUCCCACAUAUCUCACCAUUUGCAUAUCAUGGGUCUCGUUUGCAUUGGGGACAAAAGCGAUCCCAGCAAGGACAAUGCUCGGAGUGAAUUCGCUCUUGGCCAUGACUUUCCAAUUUGGAAACAUUAUUCGAAAUCUGCCGAGAGUUUCAUAUGUGAAGGCUAUUGAUGUUUGGAUGCUUUCUUGUAUGACUUUCGUCUUUUGUUCACUGCUCGAGCUCGCCUGGGUCGGGUAUUUGUCGCGAGAAGAUGAGGUGGUUCCACCCCGCAGGUCGGCCCAAUUAGAUGUCCCCCCAACAGCUCCACCGACUUAUCGAGAACAACCAUCAACACCCAUUCAUCAUUCAAAUCCGAACACACAUCCAUUUCAAAGAAAAAAGCCUAAAGCUACUGAAGAGGAAGCUCUGCUGCACAACGAUUACGGCUACAUUCCGCCUGGAUUUGGACUUAAUGGGACUCUAGCCAGAGCUGUAAGCCGAACGUUCACCACAAAUUGCAUGUGUGAUAGCCAUGAGACACAGCCGUUGAAUGCCGAUUUUCACAGGUCGCUAGAAGAGCAAAAAGCGGAGGGGACAUCAUCAAUUGUUUUCGAGGCAAUGCCUCCUUUGCCCCGUCCACGAGAUCAGUUGGCCUUGAAAAUCGACAAGAUGUCCGUGAUAUUUUUCCCGUUUCUCUUCGCGAUUUUCAAUGUGGUUUAUUGGUGGCACUAUGCGCUCAGGAAUUGGGAUUUUGAAGAGGAAAAAAAGUCCGAA